UGUUGUACGAGGUUCUCGUGCGUUUUCAAUUGUAGUUAUCAUUCCGUACACUGAUCCGUUUGAGAGAGAAGCUCGCUCCCUACUGUCGCGUAACCCCUUGUUUCGCCUGAGGAAAUUCGCAACGAAAUAGUUCACGUACGGUGUAUAUCGCUGCAGGAAGUGUUUAUAAGUGCGUGUAUGAGGUGCCUAGUAUUUCGUCGAGUGCUUUGUGCUUUCGGGAUAAACUUCACGCGUGAUCACGGAUAGAAGAUCAUGUUGACGAGAAACCAUUGCUGUUUUCUUGCGUUACUGUUGCUUCUCUUUGGAUGUAUCCAAGAAUCUUGGCAGCUGAUUAUCAAACGCAUCAACAUACCAGCUACUGUAAAAUUUAACGAUACCGAUUACAUUAUCCUUGAUUGUGACUACGACCUAGAAAAUACAUCCAGCACGGGUCUCGUCGUCAAGUGGUUUUUUAAUACCAAUCAAGUGGUCUACCAAUGGAUUUACGGCAGGUAUCCUUUGGCGGACGAACCUGCGGCAAAGUACGUCGAUCUAACGUAUAAAGCCAGCAAUGAUCCAUACACUGAGUACCGAGCCAUAAAAUUAAAUAAGCCAGGUGUUGAUCUUACCGGCGUAUAUACGUGCGUUAUAUCUACCUAUACAGAUGAACGAACGGCAAACGCUUCAAUGAUAGUGUAUUCCACAGAAGAAAAGUUCGAACUCGUGUAUAGGAAAAAGGUUAUGAACAAUAAAGAUGGAGUCGAAAUUAUGUGUAUCGCUGAAGGACUUUAUCCUCAACCGACUUUAAACAUUUCCCUCGGAAAUAUUCCGGAGAGACAAACUGAUAAUCCCACUAUAAAACUGCGUGACGACGGGCUGUACAAUAUCCUGUUGCGUGUCACCUUAUUGGAUGAAGAUUUACCAGAAACAACGAUUGUUAAAUGUUUGCUCAGCAUAUCUACAGCUUUAUACAACGUUUCUCGCAGGACUGUCUAUUAUGCUGGAACGUUUACUACUACAUCAACUACUACAACGAAAUUACACCGUAAAAUGGAAAUCCAAACCUUAGGCAAGUCUAAUAAUGAUGAUGGUAGUUCCGCUGGCUACGUGUCAAUUAAUCUUCCAUUGUUAUCAAUGCAAUUUGCCGUUCUCAGUAUAUUUCAUCAAUAAUUUAUAACAGUUUCAGAUUAUAUUAUUAUCUUAAACAAGAAGCAAAUGGCAUCUUCGAAGAAAAUCUCCAACUCCACAUUGAAUACCUCAUAUAUUUACAAACAUAUUUCCACAAUUAUUGAAUCCAAUGAAAAUUCAUUGUAUUAUUUAUCAUCAUUCAUUCACAAGAACAUCAAUUUGUAAAUUGUAAUUCUACAUUGAAUACUAAUAAUUUGCGAUAUAAUAGAAACAAUCACCAUGAGUCAAUGAAUGCAUUAAUGAAUGAAUGUGUGUGAGCAUGUAAGUAUUUAUAUUAAUUUACAUUAAUUAU